AUUAUUUCACCAUUUUGCAAACUUUCUUUCACUUACUUUUACACCCUUUUUUAAUCUAUAAAUUGCCUUCUGAAUUCUCUCAAAAACCUCUUCCAGUUUUGCUCUCUUCCCCCAUAUAGAAUUUAGGCUGUUUCUGCUCUCUUCUUGUUUUCCUUUUCCCUUAAAAGAGCCGAGGCUCUGCUGGUUUUGGUCCACUAUCUCUUUUAGCUCUGUUUUUCCUGGUUUCCUCUGUUUCUUUCAUAUCCUUCUGGUGGGUUUUUGCCCUUCAAUGGAGCGUUUUGGUUGUUAAACUUUGGAUGUUAGAGUCCACACCAAAGACCCAACGCGUCAAACUCUCAAAAAAAACUUCAUUUUUCAGCAAAGAAAAUAUCUUGUUUUUGCUGAGAUUUGCUGUUCUUUUUUUUUUUCCCAAAGGAGCUAUCUUUUCUUCUUUUUUUUUUUUUAUAGCUGUUGUAAAUCUUCAUGCGACAUAAGUUGUUGUUGUUGAUGUUUGAGAUUCAUGUCUCCAGUUGUCAGUGAAAUCCUCAGAUCGGGGUUUAUGAUAAAUUCCUCACUCAGACGCAGGACCCAUCUUGUUCAAUCUUUCUCAGUUGUCUUCCUCUAUUGGUUCUAUGUUUUUUCAUAAAUAAACUUUUGCUUGCGUUUCAUUAUAAAUAUAUAUAUAUAUAUAUAUAAUAAUAAUAAUAAGUCAAAUAUAUAACUGUCUAGAUUAGCUUAAGAUCACUAGUGUCGGGGUCCUGUCAUCUUGGAGGUUAGAUUAAUCCUGAAAUAUUAGUCUUUUUUAUUUCUUUUUUGAAGUUUUAGCAGUGAUUUUGGUGUAGAUAUAAUAUGGCUUCGCCUAGUGGAAAUUCCAAUUCCUCAGGUUCCACUCUGAUUCAGAACUGUGGCUCUGAAGAGGACUUGCGACAGUUGAUGGAUCAAAGGAAAAGAAAGAGAAUGGAAUCAAACAGAGAAUCAGCAAGAAGAUCCAGGAUGAGAAAACAGAAGCACUUGGAUGAUUUAGUGGCCGAAGUGACACAGCUAAGGAAGGAUAAUAACCAAAUUCUUACAAGCAUCAACUUCACCAACCAGCACUAUUUGAACAUUGACACUGAGAACUCAGUUUUGAGGGCUCAGGUGAUGGAACUAAGCCAAAGACUGGAUUCUUUAAAUGAGAUCCUCAAUUAUCUCAACCCUCCCACAGCAAGCAAUGGGUUGUAUGAAACUGAGCCAUUUGAAACAAGCGCUGACAGUUUCACCAACCCUUUCAACUUGCCUUAUCUUAACCAACCAAUCAUGGCCUCUGCCGACUUCUUUCAAUACUGAUCCAUCCUCAUCACCAUCUUCAUUUCUAAAUGGCUGAAAAAUUGUCAAAAUCUGUGGAUGUCUUUACAUUCACUUAUUGGUGUGUUAUUUUUUUUUUCGUGUGGGCUUCAAUGAGUGGAGAGGAAAAAAAAAAGAGAGGGAAUUAUUAUUUUUCCCCUUCUUUUAUGUUGGUGUUAUUAUUAAUAUUUUAGUAAAAUAUUAGUCUUAUUCCUACCUUAGAAGAUGAUGCAAAAGAUGACUGUAAGAGAAAUGGCAACUAGUAAGUAAAAGCUGCUUGCUAGGGAUAAAACUAUGAGUUUUGUGUAAAUGGGAAUUUCAGAUAUAAAAUAUGGUGUGAAAGGGUUGUGGA